AUGAUCAAAAGUUUCGCUUUGGUUCUGCUGGUGUUUCUAAAUGGUUUUGCUUCGAUUUUCGGUGACGGUGAGAAUCAUCUAUCGUCUAAUGUGUCCACGAAAAUAUUACAACGAGAAAAAAGGCUAGUGUACACGUUCAACAGUGCAACCGGUAUACUGUGCGCACUGUCGAUGCCGUUGGCAAUACCGGAGAGAAACAUUUUCGUGUCGUACAAUUUUGAAAUGAACUACAACAUGCCAACGGAUUCGACGGAUUAUACUCAAGGUGCUCUGAAACGGGUUGACACACCGGAAAUCAACGCGCGAGCGCUACGAGAGGACCAACGAGCCCGUGCUGUACGGCGGGCUGCAACAUUUACAAGGAAAAAAGCCUACCGAUCGAUUGAAGUUCAGCUCAACAAAAUGGGACUCAAUGGCAAACGGUGCAUUUUGCGGGCAAUUUGUGAGGCAGCAGAUGUACCGAUGCACGCCCAUAACGGAAUUGUGGGCGACCUACUUCAAAUUUUACUAACACCGUCGCAUUCCAAAGACGAACAUUUACCGCUGGAGUUUUAUCGUGCGGAACAAUUAGGACGUCAGCACGAUUGUGGCAAAUACUGGCGGCACUGUCCUAAAAGCAUACUUGACAUGAUUAGUGUUUUACUCUAGAUUACGUUUCUAUUGGAUUGAAAGUAAAAUGUGCUGAUUUGUA